AUGUCACCCAAGACCUUCAUCGUCACCGGUGCCUCGCGAGGCAUCGGUCUCGCAGCUUCCAAAUUCCUGCUAACGGCGCCCCAAUCCCACAACGUGGUCGUGGUCGCCCGCAGCGCCGAGCCCCUCCAGAAACUCAAAGACCAGUACCCCAAGCAGGUCGAGGUACUCAGUGGCGAUCUCGCUGAUCUGUCUCUCGGCCAGACAGCAGUCGAUCUAGCCCUCAAGUCGUUCGGCCGUCUAGAUGGACUGGUUCUUAACCACGGAACCCUAGGCCAAGUGAAUAACAUCGCCGAGGCCGACGUGGAACAAUGGAAGCAGGGAUUCGAUGUCAAUUUCUUCAGCCUGGUCUCUUUCGUGAAAGCUGCACUUCCAGCACUUCGCGAAUCCAAGGGCCGGAUCAUCUUCACUUCAUCCGGGGCGUCUGUCUCGGCAUUCAAGGGCUGGGGUCUAUACGGCGCAAGCAAGGCAGCAAUGAACCAUCUCGCUCUGAGCCUCGGGGAGGAAGAGCCCGAGGUGACGUCUCUAGCGAUCCAGCCGGGCCUGGUCGAUACAGAGAUGCAGCGUGAGAUUCGUGAAGACCGCGUUACUACUAUGGACGCCCAGUUCCAUUCGUUCUUCACUUCGGCUCAUAAGGAUCGGGGGUUGCUGAGACCGGAGCAGCCUGGGCAUGUUAUUGCAAAGGCUGUUAUUGGGGCCGAGAAUUCCUUGAGUGGAGGGUAUUUCUCAUGGAAUGACCAGGCUCUGGGAGCUUUUCAAUAG